UUGGCUCUUCUAGAAGAUAUUUCUCUUAGAAGGAAACAAGCAAAGUUGGGGGAAAAGAAGAAAGAUAUUGAAUAUGCUAUAGCUAAGAGACUGAACAAAGUUUUCAAACAGUUUAUAUUUCGUUUUCAAAACGACAUUGCUAUUUACUUUGAGUACAUUAAAUUCUGUCAAGCCGUUGGAUUUGAUUAUGCGGUAUCUGCUAUUAUUGACCAAAUGUUGAAAGUACAUGGUGAUAAGCCCAAAACAUGGCAGUUGGCAAGCAAAUGGGAAAGCAAGGAACAGAAUAAUCUAGAAAAUGCUAGAAAUUUUUUGCUUAAAGGCAUUCACAGACAUCCAAAUUCUGAUAUAUUAUACUUAGACCUUUUUGAUAUUGAACUUAUGAUUGCUUUUAAAAGUGAAGAAGAAACAGAAAAAGCUAAAAAUUUCAAAAGGGCUGAUGUUGUAUGGAGAAAUGGAAUGAAGAACAUUCCGGAUGUGACUUAUUUAUUUAAAUUAUGUGAUAUAUCAUUGAGGUAUGGUGUUAAUGAAGACAUAUCAAAUUCUAUAAAGGAUGAAAUAUGGAACAGAAGAUCUGAAAAGCAAGUUUGGUCUUACAUCGCUUCUAAAGAAUUGGAGGGAUAUCAUUGGAAAGAUAUUGAAGAGUAUGUGAAUGAAGAGUUCAGUUAUCCAAAAGAAAUAAAUUAUUAUAUAGCAGUAUAUGAGGAAGCUUUACUGCAGUUUCCAGAUGAAAAUCUAUCAACUAUCUACAUUCAUGGAUUACUCGGUUUAAAGGAUAAUUUGUGUACAGAUUUACAAAAGAUUAGUGCCGUUAAACAUGCAUGGUUCUUCUGUCAUGAGAAUGGGUUGUUGAGUAAUGAUAUGUAUGUUUUUGGUAUUAAGAUGUUAAAGUUGGAAGGCGAGAUUUCUGAAACACAAUUAACAGAGGUUCUGGACACAGCAUUGGCCAAAAACCCACAUUAUAGAUAUUUGUGGGAAGAGAAAAUUUUGCUUCACAAGUCUGAUGAGAAUAUGAUUCUGAAAAUACUAAAAGAUGCUACAAAAGUUUUAAAAACUGAUGAUGUUAGAUAUCUUUGGAGUUUUGUUUUUGAUAAUAUUGAGUCACAUAUGGUUUUUAAGAAUUGUUAUUCUAAGCUGCAGACAUGUGAAAGUGUUGUUUUUAUGACCCUUAAACCCACCCUCUUAAAGAAGAUGUAUGAACACAAUGGAUUGAAGGCAGCACGGCAAGUUUAUGAAGAGUGUAUAAGAACCCCGCCCACACAAGAAGAAGUACAUAGCAUAAUGAUUGAUAUUGAAAUGAAACAAGAAAAACCAUCACUCAAGAAUGUAAGGAAAUGCUAUGAGGCCUUAGUUCAACAUCAUGGCAAGAGUAAUAUUAAAGUUUGGAUGGACUACAUAAACUUUGAACAGAAGUAUGGAAAUGCACAAGCUGUGCCUUCUAUUCAUAGGAGGGCUAUAGGAAUGUUGGAUAAAAAUUUUGUUGAUGAUUUUAUCAAAGCUCAAACACUAGCAAAAUUAAAUUAA